AUGGAGUAUAGUACCAGCGAGAGGGAUAACGCAGUGUCUCACGUUCAAGAAGCGAUUCAGGUAUUGGAGCAGCGUAAGAAGAGUCUGUGUGAAAGGCUUACUGUUCUUAAUGCACAGCAAGACGUCAAAGGGAAAGGUGUGGCGACGGCAGAUAACGAUACUGAUGCUAUACACAAAGAGAUAGGUGAACUGAAUGAACUGUUAACUGAUAUGGAAACAAAAGUUGAGGAGCUUAAAAGCGCCAAGCUUGCACGAGAUAUGCAACAUAGUUCUGUUUUGGAUGAACUUAUACGGCUUACGACCACUUCGAAUGCAACGACAGCCUCGGAAUCUGCCUCUGGUUCCGGACAAGCAUCAACUUCAGCAGCAACAGUAACGAAUAGCACUGUCAAUGAUAUUUCUUCUCUAAUUAAACGGAAGACCGUAGAUACCAAUACCAAGGAAACUGUAGUACAGGAGGAAAACUCGGUGAUUAUACCACAGGAAUUAAUAGAGGGAGAGAAUGAGAAGAAACGCAAGAUGGAGCUGAAUGGCGAGGAGGUUGCAAGUGUAGAUGGGGCUCAAAGUAAAAAAACAAGAGUGUGA